CACUUGUGACGUCGUCGAUGGAAUCACUAACCGGAAGUAAAACAAAAGGCAACACGGAAGUGUGUGGAGGAAAACAAAACUCGUCGUUUGAGAAGAUCGUUUGUGAGGAAAUCUUAAUAAACGUCGUUUGUCGUUUGGAUUUUUGUGCUGGUUCGACCAGAGCGCAUCAAGAUGGACUUCCUUUUUGGGAAGAGAAAGACUCCGGAGGAGAUGCUGAGGCAGAACCAGAGGGCGCUCAACCGGGCCAUGAGGGAUCUUGACAGAGAGCGAACAAAACUGGAGCAGCAAGAGAAGAAGAUCAUCGCUGACAUCAAGAAAAUGGCCAAACAGGGACAAAUGGAUGCUGUCAAGAUCAUGGCCAAAGACUUGGUCCGCACCAGACGCUACGUGAAGAAGUUCAUCAUGAUGAGAGCCAAUAUUCAGGCCGUCAGUCUGAAGAUUCAGACACUCAAGUCCAACAACAGCAUGGCGCAAGCCAUGAAGGGCGUCACCAAAGCCAUGGCCACCAUGAACAGACAGCUCAAACUGCCUCAGAUUCAGAAGAUUAUGAUGGAAUUUGAGCGGCAGAGUGAGAUUAUGGACAUGAAGGAGGAGAUGAUGAACGACGCCAUCGAUGACGCCCUUGGGGACGAAGAUGACGAGGAUGAAAGUGACGCCAUUGUGUCCCAAGUCCUGGAUGAGCUGGGUCUAAAUCUUAGUGAUGAACUCUCCAAUCUCCCAGCGACUGGUGGAAGCUUGUCAGUGGCCGCUGGGAAAAAAGCGGAGCCUCAAGCCACCUUAGCCGAUGCGGACGCCGACCUGGAGGCACGGCUCAAUAACCUCCGCAAAGACUGAAUGCAAAACACAUGCUGACUUGACGUUUAGUUUCUUGGAAGCAACGUCUUGCCAUGACGGUGGUUGGCUUUUUCUUUCUGCGGUGUUUCAUUUGAUGUGGGUAUGUUAUAUCAAAAUACAAAUUAUCCUUGAUGGGGGGGACCUGAAAAGUCUCAUUUAUGACAAUGCCAAAAGACAAAUCCACUGACAGCGUGUCCAUGCUUACUUUUUACUUUUAAAUUAACACUAAUAACCCAAGUUAUAGCACAAUUUCUUUAGAUAUGUGAUCAGUGGACAUCAGUGCAGAGCUGUUGAAUCUAUUACCUAAACAUUUUGUUUUGUCCACAAAAAGGGUGGCUCAUUUUCAAAACUUAAAAAUAGACCCUUGGUGGGCUGAUAUCAACCCAAAACUUUAUAGUUUUUACACCAAGAGAUGGAAUGCAGUUCAUUUUUUGUUGUUGAAUAAUAAACUUUUUUCCACAUUUAACAAAA